AUGACUAAGAUUGAAAAAUUAGAGACUAAGUCUGAUGGGGGACGUAGUAAAAAGGGUAGAGAAGCUAGGAAGGAGGCUAGUGUUGCUGAAAACUCUACAGAUAAAGUCGAGGAUGAUCUUAACCAUGGUAGUGGGUUCCAUACACAUAGGCGAGAGAGAGGUAAGUAUAAGAAUGAAGUGUUAUAUGAUGUUGUGCCUAUGCAUGCUACUCAUCUGUUACUAAGGAGGCUUUGGCAAUUUGCUAGAAAAGCCAAGCAUGAUGGGUUUAAGAACAAUAUUGUUAAAGUUCUUUUACAUGAAUUUAAAGAUAUCUUUCCAGAAGAGAUUCCUAGUGGCUUGCCACCAAUUAGGGGAAUUGAACAUCAAAUCGACCUUGUUCCAGGAGCAUCUAUACCAAAUAGGUCGGCAUAUAGGAGCAAUCCUGAAGAGUCUAAGGAACUCCAACGACAAGUGGAGGAGUUGAUGUCAAAAAGAUACAUUUGUCAGAGCAUGAGUCCUUUUGCAGUUCACAUGCUUCUUGUCCUAAAGAAAGACAAGACUUGA